AUGUCCUAUCUGGAACAAUUCCUGAAAGAAACCAAUUCGGCUUCGUCUCAAAACAUGUACGAUAACGUGCCGCAAUCGCAGCCUCAGCUCUACCAAGGAGGCUCGCUAGAAUCUGAAGACGGGGAUAUAGAAGACAACAGAGCGCCCAGCAUAGUGAGUUCGAAGAGCAACCUAUCGGAAGUUAGUAUGUUGCACGAAACCCAUUCGCCGAUGAAACACAAAGCGCAUCAGUUUCUGGUGCGCACUUUUUCUAGUCCAACGAAGUGCAGUCAUUGCACGUCGCUGAUGGUCGGUCUGAUGCGUCAGGGUAUGGUGUGCGAAAUAUGCGGAUUUACUUGUCAUACGGCGUGUUGUCCGCACGUGCCUGCCGUGUGUCCAGUUCCACCUGAUCAAACUAAACGACCUCUUGGAAUAGACCCGACAAGAGGUAUCGGUACGGCGUAUGAGGGUUACGUUAAAGUUCCUAAACUGGGAGGAGUGAAAAGAGGUUGGGUCAGACAAUUUGUAGUGGUCUGCGACUUCAAGCUCUUCCUCUACGACAUAUCGGCCGACCGGAACGCCUUGCCCAGCGUCCACGUGGCCCAAGUAUUAGACAUGCGAGACACGCAGUUUAGCGUUAGCAGCGUCAAAGACUCUGACGUAAUUCACGCCAACAAGAAAGACGUGCCCUGUAUUUUUAAGAUUACAACAUCCUUGAUGGAACCUCCAGGACCAAGAAACGCCAUGCUGAUGCUGGCCGAUUCGGAAGCGGAAAAGAACAAAUGGGUUGUGGCCUUAGCGGAGCUGCACCGCAUAAUGAAACGAAACAACCUGCCCAACACCACAGUGCUUUUAGCUAGGGAAUUGAUCGAUAAUUCUUUGGCGUUGCUCAAAAACACCCUUAGUUCGGCCAUUAUCGAUCCGGAUAGGAUCGUUUUGGGUACCGAGGAAGGGCUCUAUUGUAUAGAUUUAGAUAGGACGGAAAUAGCCAGGAUUGGAGAGGCCAAGAAAAUUUUUCAAAUUGAGUAUAUCAGUGAGGAACAUUUGUUGGUUGUAGUUAGUGGCAAACAACGCCAAGUGAGAUUAGUGCCUAUAAGAGCCUUAGACGGCGACGAUACGGAAUGGAUUAAAGUGACAGAAAGUAAAGGGUGUGCGGUGUUAACGGUAGGACCUGUACUCCGAGCACCUCUUACUUUCUGCCUAUGCAUUGCCAUUAAAAAACAAAAUUCUUCAGUGAUAAUAAUCUAUGAAAUAACCAGGACGAGGUCUAGGCAUCAGAAGGUACGCGAAAUUGGCAUACCAGUCAAUGUACAGGCACUACAAAUCCUCUCUGAUGGACGUCUUUGUGUUGGAUCGCCAUCCUGCUUCACUGUUUACAAUAUCCAAAGUGGCGAUUCGUUCAUUUCUUUGCUUCAUCCAGAGAAUCCUUUGUAUGCCACUAUUACUUGUAGCGCUGUCGAAGCCCUUAGAGUGAUAGAGUUGCCCAGGCGCGAGUACCUUUUAGUUUUUGGAACUUUGGCCGCUUAUGUGGAUAAGCAUGGUCGAAAGUCCCGGGAUCGCGAGAUUAUGUACCCUGCUGUACCAACUGCCAUUAGUUAUAGAGACGGUCAUUUAGUAGUUUACAGCGAGACACACAUCGACAUAUUCAAUUGCAAAACAGGCGAAUGGGUCCAAACGUUGAAUAUCAAAAAAGCGAAACCGCUGAACGAUAGCGGUAGCUUAUCGUUGUGCGUGUUGCACGAUAUGACGCAUCUUUUGUAUUUAUCGAAUGUUCACCAACGGGAACUUUUAAAUUUAGAAAACAUUAAUACGUUAGAUACCGAAGGCAGAGUGAUACAGAAACCGAGACGACGAUUUUCGUUGAGAGAAGGCAAUAGAUCAACAAGAAGCAAUACUGACAGACGAUCAAAACUAAUAUCGGCGCCUACGAAUUUCAACCAUAUUAGUCACGUAGGACCUGGAGAUAGUAUCCAGCAACAAAGACUGAUUGACUUAACCACUAGUCUUCCGACCAAACAAGCUCCCCUACCUCCAGUUCCUGCGGGCGGCAAGCCCCGUCCCUGGGAGAUUUCGAACCCGAUGCCCCUACGACCCGCCCCUCAUCCUCAGGCGUAUAACGGAGCGAAAAGGGCGGCCCCGCCUCGGCCUCGAGAUUUGCCGCCCGCGCUGCCUCGAGCCUCUGACACGUCGCCCUCGCCCGAUCCUGCCAGCAUAGGAAGCAUGUCGUCACUUCACGAUAUGAUCAAGGCAACAGAAGCAAGAAGCAGCCCUCGUCACUCGAUCGCCAGCAACAACAGCUCGAAUCUCUCGACGCCUCCCUCGCCUCAAGCCGAUCACCAUCACAGUUCUAGUUAUGACAGUUAA